AGGUUGAUGUAGUGCAUGUUAUACACUCUUAUACACUCCACAUCUCACACACUCAUCUCUGCUUCUCACUCUAGAACCCCAGAUCGAGUUUCUUUCUCUCUCUCUCUCUAUUUUACACAAAGUUCUUAUAAUAUACUCCCCCCCCCCUUUCUUAUAAUUCAUCACACAACCUUAUCUCCUUUGCACAAAUUAACCAUAUAUUAUAUCAUUUUAUAUAGUAUUUUAUUCCAAAACUGGGUUAUACUCGUCAAUUAAUGGAGGAGUCAGGGGAAAAUUGGCCUUCUGAUUCUAAUUUGGAAGUGGGUGAUCAUGAUUAUAACGAUUUAUGUUUUGAUGAUGAAGAGUUCCUUGGUGAUGAUGAUGAGAAUCAUUAUUUUGCUGAAACUGUAGAUCCCAUGAUUGGCGACACCGACAGAAACGGGAGACGGCGGGAACUCACUGAAAGGUUGCUUGCACUUUCAGCCACCAUACCUGGCUUGAAGAAGAAGAUGGACAAUACUUCUAUCCUGGACAGAGCUAGCAACUACGUGAAACAACUUCAACAACGUGUGAGAGAGUUAGAACAAGAAAUUGAAUCCCACAUUUGUAGCGACAAAGGCACCACCUCUUGCGAAGUGAACUCUGGUGAUUAUUAUGGACCGAAUGAUAUUCUUCCCGAGGUUAAAGCUAGAGUAUUACAGAAGGAAGUACUCGUCAUAAUCCAUUGUGAGAAACAAAAGGGAAUUAUGAACAAAAUACUAUCCCAGCUUCAAAUUCUUCAUCUCUCAGUACAAAACAGCAGUGUCUUGCCAUUUGGGAAAUCCACUCUCGACAUCACCAUUAUUGCUCAGAUGGGUGAUGGAUACAACAUGACAGUGGAUGAACUGGUGAAAAACCUGAGACUAUCGAUCUCGAAACAAUAGGCUAUAUUAGUGUACGUUUGAAACAAGUGCAGUACUAAUUGCAAUUCUAUUUUUAAGAGCUCCAGAGAGUGCCAUAGUUCCAAUUGUGGCAUCUCAUUAAUUACUGUACGUGGAGACCCAUAUUAGAUAUUACUUUGCAACAAUUAGUAUUUGUUGUAUUGAAAAGUGUCAUCCUGAUUUGGUAUGAACUUCCGAUAGUAGAAUUCGGCAGAAACGCAACUAUAUUUUUCUAAGUAGGAUUAUAUAUCCACUAUACGUGUUUUUAACAUGA